AUAAAUAAAAAUUAACUAGCAACUUGGAGGCUUUUCUUUGAAGUGAACGGUAGAACAAGACUUCCCAAAACAAGAACUAUAGGAAUCAACGUUGCUUCACAGACUGGAGAAAACGGCGAUUGCAAGUCAUAACCAAAGUCAAAUCAUUCAGCCUAUUUCAUUCGAACUGGGUCCCACUUAUUGCUUCGAAACGACCCCGUUAUAGUUCUCUGGUCAAACUCUCCCUCUUUCUCGGUUUCUCCCCACGGUUGAACCCUUAUUCAAACUCUUUAUUCAGUCAAUAAAUGAGCUUGUAGAUUUGAUGAGAAAUUAAGUAUGUGAAGUACGGAAGUGAUGAACAUAAGCAAGAAAGCUCUUCAAAACAGGCAUCCAUUGAAGGUGUCUUUUUUAAGGUUUCUUUUGUAGCACAAAAAAGUGGGUUUAUCUUAAAAUAUGGAAACAAAUUUUGUUCUUUUGAUGGGGCUUAUUCUGCUGCUAGUUGCUGUUGAUUGCUCUAGUUCUGAUCCAAAGGGAAAUGUGAAUGAAAAGACUGGUUUAGACCAGAACGUAGACAGCACAGUGGAUCUGGUUAAAGAAAAGGGUGAUUCUGAAUCUGUUUCAGAUUCGAUUGGAGUUAAAAAAGUGAGAGAUAAUGGAGGAGAUCAAAUUAAUGGAUCAGGAGGUAUUGGGAGUGAUACAAGUAAUAGCAAUUUGAACAAGCAAUCAGGUUCAAAUAAAGGCCAGAAUUUGCAAAAUGAGGGGAAAAAAUCAGGUGCUGAAGCAAAGCCAAAGAUGGAUGGUGAGAAAGAAGGUAAUAAUGUGUACGAGGGUCAGGAAAAAUCAAAUGGUGAAGCCAAAGGAAACACGGAUAGUGGGAGAGUAGGUGAUAAUGUGCAAAAGAGUCAGGAAGAACCAAAUGUUGAAGCCAAAGGAAAGACGGAUGGAAAGAAAGUAGGUGAUAAUGUGCAAAAGGGUCAGGAAGCCAAAGGAAAGACGGAUGGAGAGAAAGUAGGUAAUAAUGUGCAAAAGGAUCAGGAAGAACCAAAUGUUGAAGCCAAAAGAAAGACAAAUGAUGGAAGAGAAGGUGAUAAUGUGCAGAAGGGUCUAGAGGAAGAAUCAAAUACCGAAACCAAAGGAAAAACAGAUGGUGAGAAACAGGAAAAUGUGGAUGAUGGUGUGGAUCCUAAGGAAGUGAAUAAAGAGAAAGACAACAUAGAGGACUCGGUCCCACCGCCGCCGCCGCCACCACCGUCGCCAACAAGGAAGGAUGGCUUUCGUGAAGAAUGUGAUUCAUCUAAUAUGUGUAUGGAUAAGAACAAAAGGUUUGCUGCGUGUUUGCGAGUCCCAGGAAAUGAAUCUCCAGAUCUAUCACUUCUGAUUCAGAACAAGGGAAAGGGGCCUCUUACUAUUAAAAUAUCUGCUCCUGCUUUUGUUCGGUUAGAGGAAACUGAUAUUUUACUCCAGGAGAAGCAAGACAGAAAGGUAAAGGUCUCCAUACAAAAUUCUGGAACAGAGACCUUGAUUGUCUUAAAGGAUGGUAGUGGAGAGUGCAGUCUUGAUUUCAAGGAUUUGAAUGUGCAUAAUUCUGCCAAGUCCUAUGUAAACUUCUUGUCACAAACCCCUACAACCGCCUUUAUAUUCAUCGUCGCUGUACUGAUACUAGCCUCAGGUUGGAUAUGCGUGAGCUUUAGGCGGAGGCUACUUACAAGAAGUAGGUUGAAAUACAGGAGGCUAGACAUGGAGCUGCCUGUAUCUGGUGGGGCAAAAAUAGAGCCAGAUGUUAAUGAUGGAUGGGAUAACAGCUGGGGUGAUAAUUGGGAUGACGAGGAGGCACCUAUGACACCCUCAAUGCCCGUCACUCCUAGCCUCUCCGCCAAAGGCCUUGCCUCGCGACGCUUGAGUAAGGAGGGAUGGAAGGACUAGUGCCACUUUGAUUUACACAAGCAACCAAAACUGGGAAAAAAAUACAUUUAUAUGUAAUAACAUACCUUUUCUUUUUGGCCGAUUUCUUUUCUUGAUUUUAGAAAGUAGUCUUUUUGUUUUCGCCGAAAUGGAAAUAGAAACCUAAAGGAAAUUAACAUGAUGGAUGAUUUCAUGAUGAUGCCAAUCUGGUUUUGCACAGAAAUCAGGAUGUGAUAUUUGCUUCCUUCCUUACACCUUAAUACUAUAGAUGUUACCUCUCGAGUUUUCUAGCGGAGAGAGACGCACAAUGGAAUUCCUGAACCAAAAAAUCCUGCUCAUAAAAUCAGGUGCCUGCCAUUUCUGCGCUGCUUAAUCUUUUAUUGAGUAUAAGACCUCAUUAUUUAUA